AUGGACGAUAAUAUACCGCUGAAAAAGCGGAAGAGUAAAUACGAGAGGGUAGAAUCAAAGGAGAAGACACUGGUAUGGAUACGAGAAAUCAAUAGUUUUAACGCAGAUGGUCAAGCCACCCUAUCACCUCCUCAAGGCCCAUAUAUGUUAGAACUUCAUCUACCUCUUUCGUUGCUGUUUGAUGCCUGGGAGAACGAACGAAAGAAGGAUGUACCGUUUUCUUCUUGGUUCUACGCCCGAUAUCCAUAUAACCAUCCUACACCAUCCCAGAAACCACCAGAAGGACAGAACGAGCCUCAGCAACUUAGUGGAGAACAUACUCCAUAUACUGUCAAUCUCCAGAACGGAACCACUAUAUUCGCCAGGAAUUUGGUCAUCUUACCUAGACCUAUAAUAGAGCCGCAGUCGCCUAUCGGAUCACGUAGAGGCUCCACCCCACUGCCUUAUAUCCCUCAGACGGAAACUGUGUUCAAACCUCUGUCGCCUACCGCAUCGGUUUCUAGCUCCAGAAGAGAGAGGGACAGGGAUCAAUACGAUCAUCGGGACAGGUAUAAGAUGAUGGAUGGGGAUGAUCAUAGAGAUGGAGAACCGGAUGGGCAUUCAGGAUGA